UUUGGGAGUAGCAGAGAGGCAUGUAAAGAGGCAGCGGCUUUCGUCGCCUUAGUAGAGUUGUAUUUGGUUAGAUGGGGGGGGAAAACAUGAUUCUCGUUGUAUGUUUCACGGUCGUGCUGUUAAACUCGGCUGUCCGAGCGGCCCGGAAGGAUGGAGGCGACGAGGAGUGGGUACAUCUUCCCAACAAAUGUGAAGUGUGUAAGUUUGUCAGCAUAGAGAUGAAGUCGGCGUUUGAGGAAACUGGGAAGACCAAGGAGGUUAUUGAGAGAAACUAUCGUUUCCUAGACGACAAAGGGGCGCCGCCAAUCAAAUAUGUGAAGUCAGACAUCCGGUUCAUAGAGGUGAUGGAGAAUGUGUGUAAAAGGCUGAUGGAAUAUAACCUGCACAAAGAGAGACAAGGCAGCAACCGCUUUGCCAAGGGCAUGUCAGAGACAUUCUCCACCCUCCAUGGUUUGGUGAAUAAAGGAGUGAAGGUGGUCAUGGAUAUUCCCUAUGAGCUCUGGAACGAGACCUCUGCAGAGGUGGCAGACCUCAAGAAACAGUGUGACGUGAUGGUAGAGGAGUAUGAGGACGUGAUUGAGGACUGGUAUAAAGGCAGCCAGGAAGAGGAUCUGACAACUUACCUCUGUGAGAAGCACGUUCUCAAAGGACAGGACAAAGCCUGCCUGAGGGAGGAGUGGAAAGCUCAGAGGAAGGGAGACUCGGCCGCCAUCGCAGAGGACAAGAAGAAGAAAAAGAAGAAGAAGGGAGGCAAGAAGGGGAAGGGUAAAAAUGGAGGAGGGGGGGAGGAAGGGGACCUCAGCUUGGAGGGAGAGAAAACCACUAAGAAGAAGAAAGACAAAAGGGGCAAGAAGAAGACAAAGAGUAAAGCUCCGCUGGAGAAGAUGGAGGGAGGAGGGGUGUCUUCAGAUGAGGAGAUCCAGGCAAAGGCGCCACUGCAUGGGAAAAAGACAGAGCUGUGAUACCCCCAGACCCACACCCCUCUCUGGUUGGACAAGUAAUGGGUCAGCUCUAUCAAAUGAUAUCUUGGCACUAAGAUUGUAUUCCAUCAGACCUUUUUAACGGAUACCUAGCCCAGAGCUAACUAAAUACUGUCACUACCUUUUCAUCUCUCAGCUAACUGGGUUGUCGGCCUGAGCUAGCUGAUGUCUGACUCAACUGCAUUCUGCUUAUGCUAAUCCUAACUUUACCCUAGGCUAGCUAAUGUCUCAAACUGGUGCACUCGUAACAUUGGAUAAAUUUAGCUUUAGUACAAGGCAAAACUGUAUUCAGUUACCUUCCUAAUUCUGGGUCAUGUUUUAGCCAAGGCAAGCUAAUGUCUCCCAUCAUUGUAUUCUAACACAAGUUUACCCUGAUUUGAGCCCUGGCUAAUUACAUUCUGGCCUUUUCUUGUCUCGAGGCUAACACGGCUAUGAAAUAUGAGCUAACUAAUGUAUUCACUGGUGUGUUUAAAAUGGCGCUAACUCAGGUCUUAAGUCCAGGGCUAACCUUAUUAACUCUGGGCAAGCUAAGCGUUCAUCUCUGGGUAAUUUUAUGUCUCAUAAUGGUGCACUCUAAUGUGCAAAAACCCUAUUUUUAGGGUUUUUUAGGUUAUCUUUAGGGUAUCUUUAGGGUUAUCACUACAUCUGCCCUAGUACCGGGUUAGCCUUGAAAUCAAAUCGAAUCCAGUUACCAUUUUCUUUAGUAGAACUUAACUCUGGAUUAAAUGUUUGUUUGUGGAAAGUGUUGCAGAGGGGUGGCUUAUUUAUUAGAUGGAGACAAUCACCUUGGGAAAAGAACAAAGAUGUGACAUUUGCAACCGCCACUGGUGCUGUCUGUGCCUUUGAGCAAGGCACUAAACGCUCCGCCUUCCACAGCAGGCUAUGAAAAAAAUCUCUAGACCCUUCAGUUAUGGAUGUACACUCGCUCCAGGCCAACUUGUAUCUUGGGGACACAUAAGCUUGGGCUAAAAAUGUGUGGGUUAGUAUGGGAGACGAACUUGACAAAGUCAGAUGAUCAUGGUACCAAGAUAUAUUUGGAGAGGCUGACUGGCAUCAGAGGUAAAAUGUUUUUUUUUUUUACAUUUAUGCCUCGGGACAAGAAGCCAGGGACCCCCCCCCCCCCCCCGAUGCAAGGUAACAUAUAGUUUGCCAAGAAAAUCUAAUAUUCGUUCUUUUUUCCUAUUUUUUCCCCCCUUUCUUCCUUAUUCACCAACACGUACAUGUCUAGAAAAAGACUCGGCGCUGAUCUCUUCUAGCUGUCAUGAUGGGACUUCAAUGCUACUGCUGGCUUUCGUAUUUCCUCAUAAUGUGGAGUAAGUGCAUGUGUAUGUAUGUGCGUGUGUUGUAUUUUGAUACCUUGCGAGUUUGUGUUUAUGUGUCCCGAGUAGUGGUGUGUGGGCGCCCAUUUCUGCUCCAUCCGUGGGUUGUUGUUUUUUUCUUUCUUUCUUUCUCGGUGCUGUGUAUGUCUACUCUAUUACACUGUCUCCCUUCUGAUAAAGAAGCCCUCAUGACAACUGAAAGCAGGGAUAUUGUAAUCGGCUUUGAGCUUGAAGUCCUCAAAGCCAACGGAAAUGUUCUCUGACGUAAUCAAACUGCAAGGGUGGUAUGCGUUUGAACAAGACAGGUUUACAGACGCUCGUGCUCCCUCGCCCAUUAAGAGAAUGAGGGAGUGAGACACCUGGUAAAGCUUCUGUGUGUACUUCACGUCAUCUUUCCUGCUGUCUGGCUUACUGCUCUUACUCGGACAACAGUAUUGUUAACUUUUUGUUGAUCCCCUGUGUGGAAUUUUAUUUUUUUUUGCCCAUCCUUCCACCAAGAGGUCAGAGGUCAGGAUCAGCUUAAAGAAUCUGUACCUCUGGAGCUGUUAGGGAGUCAGUGUCUUUGCUCAAAAGCACUUCAGAAGGAGCCGAUGCUUGUUGACAUGGAAGAGGUCAGAGGUCAGGAUCAGCUUAAAGAACCUGUACCUCUGGAGCUGUUAGGAAUUCAGUGUCUUGGCUCAAAAGCACUUCAGAAGGAGCCGAUGUUGAUUGAUUGAUUGAUUGACAUGGAGGUUUAGGCGUUUACAUUUUAAUUCCAUAGUUUGAAAUAGUUCAUUUAGGUGAAGACCACCACGUGGCCCGGUUAGAUAGUUCUCCCCUUUCCUUGGUUGUGCUAAGUCACAUUCCCUCAUAAAACUUGUUAGAAUCGAAUAAAUUAAGCAAGAACAUUGCGGAGAAUUGAAGGGAAUUGUCUUCAUCUCAGACUAUUACAAUACAUGUCACUUUUCCCGUGUUUCCAUUUUAAUGAGAAAAUAUAACUCGGCCAGUCCUUUUUAAUAUCCACAUUUCUGUCACAUUUUAAAAGUUUCACGUCUUGUCAUUGUAUCAGCCAAUAGAUUUGGUGUGUGUGUGUGUGUGUGUGUGUGUGUGUGUGUGUGUGUGUGUGUGUGUGUGUGUGUGUGUGUGUGUGCAGGGAAGAGUUUAGUGGGUGAAGUUUCUGGUUGUUCCAGCCAGCAGCUGCUUGUGUGUGUGUGUGUAAAAAGGAAAUUCUACUGGUUUUUAAUCUAAGAAGAAAAACAUGCUGGCAAUGUUGAAUGGGUUGGCCUUUUGAAACCAUGAAAAACGCCAAUGUUGUACUGUAAUGUCUCAAUAAAGAUGUUGCUU